AUGGAUCAUCAAGUUGUCUGGCUGUGUAUCUUCGACAUUUCGAUCAUCAUACCCUCCACUGCCGAGAUGUCCGAUCAUGCUGCCAACUACCUGAUCUCGACUUUGGAGCAUACCAACGGCGAUGAUGAGGUCACAUUGCUUGAGUUUGCCUUUGCGGAGCAUACCAACGGCAAGGAUGGUGUUCAACCGUUGCGCGGGAAGAAGGCCAGAGCUGGUGGUCUCUGGAGUCGCACUCUUUUUUGA